AUGAUGAUAACUCUGGAGAAGCAGAAGAAUGUGAAUAUUACGAUUAAGGAUGGAUUACCUAUUAUAGGAUCCACCAUAAUCGAAGCUCUCACGACCCUCGACAAGAUGGAAGAUGCUGCAAAGAGACAAUCCCCCCAACAACCCAGAGCGGACAAUCAAAAGCCUCAGAGGACGACAAAGUCGAAGAAGAGGGAACGGGCAUCAUCCGACGGAGGAGAUGAUACCCCCGCCAAAAAAGUCAAGAAAGAGGACAGAAAGGCACCCUCCACGAGCAACAAAACUGCAGAGGCACAAAAGCCUUGGCAACUAGCGGCAGGGAGAAAGGCAAAGAAGAAGGAGAAGAAAAAUCAGGAGCAAGACCAGCCUCAACAACUGAGGAAAAAGGCAGAGAAGACCCCGCGGCGGAGAGGAGAUGCAAUCGUCGUAAGACCGGAACCGGGAAAAACUUACGCCGAGAUCUUGGGACAGAUCAAGGCAAGAGUAAAGCCGGAGGAGCUGAAUACGGAGGUUAAGUAUCUCAGCAAGACAAAAGAGGGCGGCGUUCUGAUUGGCGUAGGUAAGAGUGAUGAUAAAAUGGAAUCACUUAAAACGGCCAUCCAAACCGCCAUUGGAAAGGUAGGCACAGUCAGGGGAAAGAUCUCCAGAAUCACACUGGAAAUUAGGGACAUCGACAGUCUUACGACGCCGGACGAUGUCCGCAGUGCUAUCACAGCCGAGACGGGCGAAGAAGAUGCUAAAGUCCAUCUGUUCGAGCCGAACACGAGGGAGCAGAGGGUGGCAGUGGCCGAAAUAGAUCAGAUUAAGACCACCGCUCUGCUCAAAAAAGGGAAGAUCCGUAUCGGCUGUAUAAACUGCCGAGUGAGGGUUCGCGCGAACCCCACGCGAUGUUAUCGCUGCCUCGGUUACGGACACGUAAAGGUAAGAUGUAAAGGACCCGACAGGAGCGUCAACUGCUAG